CAGUGUCAGUUUUGUAAUGGUUUUGUAUCAUGGAAAAGUCAUACAAAAAGAUCAGCUAAAUAUACAUCAAGACACAAUAACUUCCUCCAGUAAAAAAUAUCGAAGCAUAAUUGAAUACAAAAAGAAUAACUUGGUAUUUAACAAGCAGAAAAAUGAGUGUUGGGAGAAGCUUGCCUGGGUAUUCCAUUCAAGCAACUGGCCUCAGAACUGGUCAACAACUAAAAAGCAAAACAACCUAAAUCUGAAGACAAGGUGAAUUUGUUAAACAAACUACAUUUGUUGAAAAAGUGUUAAUCCUUUUAGUUAUUUUAAAUAAGAGUAUAUGAAGUAUUUAUCACUAAAUUGAAUUACUAUUUCUGUUCCCAUGAAGAUGAUAACUUAUAGACAAAGUUAUC